GAAGUGCUGGGCUUGGCUGACAGAGCCGGGGCUUGCUGUUCUGGAGGCUGGGAGGCGGCUGGAGGUGCAGGCAGGGGUUAAGGCGGGUGUCGCCAGGGGGCUGGGUGGCGGGAUGAUGGAGGAGGAGGAACUGGAGUUCGUGGAGGAGCUGGAAGCCGUGCUGCAGCUCACGCCCGAGGUGCAGCUCGCCAUCGAGCAGGUAUUUCCGAGUCAGGAUCCUUUAGAUCGAGCAGAUUUCAAUGCUGUUGAGUAUAUCAAUACCCUCUUUCCAACAGAGCAAUCUCUGGCAAACAUAGAUGAAGUCGUGAACAAAAUUAGACUGAAAAUCAGGAGACUGGAUGACAAUAUUCGAACUGUUGUAAGAGGUCAGACAAAUGUGGGGCAAGAUGGGAGGCAGGCACUUGAAGAGGCCCAGAAGGCUAUUCAGCAGCUCUUUGGCAAAAUCAAAGACAUCAAAGACAAGGCAGAAAAAUCAGAGCAAAUGGUUAAAGAAAUCACCCGUGAUAUCAAGCAGUUAGAUCAUGCCAAACGCCACCUGACCACCUCAAUCACCACGCUGAACCACUUGCACAUGCUGGCGGGUGGUGUCGACUCCCUCGAGGCCAUGACCAGGAGAAGGCAGUAUGGGGAAGUUGCCAAUCUCCUGCAGGGCGUGAUGAAUGUCCUGGAGCACUUCCACAAGUACAUGGGCAUCCCGCAGAUCCGGCAGCUUUCUGAAAGAGUGAAAGCUGCGCAGACUGAGUUAGGACAGCAAAUCCUGGCAGAUUUUGAAGAAGCAUUUCCUUCCCAGGGUACCAAGAGGCCAGGAGGACCCAGCAAUGUCCUACGAGAUGCGUGUCUGGUUGCUAAUAUUUUGGACCCCAGAGUCAAGCAGGAAAUCAUCAAAAAGUUUAUUAAACAGCACCUGUCAGAAUAUCUAGUGCUUUUUCAAGAAAAUCAAGAUGUUGCCUGGCUGGACAAAAUUGACAGACGUUAUGCCUGGAUAAAACGCCAGCUUGUGGACUAUGAGGAGAAAUAUGGCCGUAUGUUUCCACGUGAGUGGUACAUGACUGAGAGGAUUGCAGUAGAAUUCUGCCAUGUGACAAGGACAGAACUUGCCAAGAUUAUGCGUACCAGAGCCAAGGAAAUUGAAGUGAAAUUGCUUCUUUUUGCCAUUCAGAGAACAACUAACUUUGAAGGAUUUCUUGCAAAACGCUUCUCCGGUUGCACCCUGACAGAUGGAAGCCUGGUAAGACCUCCUGAGGGAGGCCGAAUUGUGUGGCUGGGCCUUGGUGUUUCAGUGAUUUUCAGUGACCGGGAAUCCACCUGUUAUUGCUCAAAUAUAGAGUUCUUUUUUCUUUAUUUUUUUUCUUUGCAGCCAAAGAAGCCCAAAGCCCCAGACAAUCCAUUUCACGGCCUUGUUUCCAAGUGUUUUGAGCCUCAUCUCUAUGUGUACAUCGAGUCCCAAGACAAAAACCUCGGAGAGUUGAUAGAUCGGUUUGUGGCUGAUUUCAAAGCCCAAGGGCCACCUAAGCCCAAUACUGAUGAAGGGGGUGCCGUGCUCCCCAGCUGUGCCGACCUCUUUGUCUACUACAAGAAGUGCAUGGUGCAGUGCUCUCAGCUCAGCACUGGGGAGCCAAUGAUCGCCCUGACCACCAUUUUCCAGAAGUACCUCCGAGAAUAUGCCUGGAAAAUCCUCUCUGGCAAUCUGCCCAAAACCACCACGAGCAGCGGAGGGCUGACCAUCAGCAGCCUCCUCAAGGAAAAGGAGGGCUCAGAAGCUGCCAAGUUCACCCUCGAGGAGCUCUGCCUCCUCUGCAGCAUCCUGAGCACAGCAGAGUACUGUCUGGCCACCACCCAGCAGCUAGAAGAAAAACUCAAAGAAAAAGUUGAUGUAAGUCUGACUGAACGAAUCAAUCUAACUGGAGAAAUGGACACCUUCAGCACUGUCAUCUCCAGCAGUAUUCAGCUGCUGGUUCAGGACCUCGAUGCUGCUUGUGAUCCUGCCCUGACUGCCAUGAGCAAGAUGCAGUGGCAGAACGUGGAGCACGUUGGUGACCAGAGCCCCUAUGUCACCUCUGUCAUUCUUCACAUUAAGCAGAAUGUCCCUAUCAUCCGCGACAACCUGGCUUCCACGCGGAAAUACUUCACUCAGUUCUGCAUUAAAUUUGCAAACUCCUUCAUUCCCAAGUUUAUCACUCACCUCUUCAAGUGCAAGCCAAUUAGCAUGGUGGGAGCAGAGCAGCUGCUACUGGACACCCACUCCCUGAAGAUGGUCCUGCUCGACCUCCCGUCCAUCGGCUCGCAGGUGGUGAGGAAGGCCCCCGCCAGCUACACCAAGAUUGUCGUGAAGGGCAUGACGCGGGCCGAGAUGAUCCUCAAGGUAGUGAUGGCCCCUCAUGAACCACUGGUGGUGUUUGUCGACAACUACAUCAAACUCCUGACAGACUGCAACACAGAAACCUUCCAGAAGAUACUGGACAUGAAGGGGCUGAAGCGAAGUGAGCAGAGCAGCAUGCUGGAACUCUUCCGCCAGCGGCUCCCCGCCCCGCCCUCAGGGCCAGAAGGCUCCAGCUCUCUGUCCCUGAUGGCUCCAACCCCGGAACAGGAGUCCUCGCGAAUCCGCAAACUCGAGAAACUCAUUAAAAAGAGACUGUAGGAGCACACAGGGGCGCCUUCUCUUUCCUGGCCAGCAUCCCUCAGCACCUGGUUACCCGAAGCCCCAUCCGCUCCUGUGUUCCCGUAACCCUCAGAUCACCUGUCGUGAAACUUCGGGGGCUGUUGACAUGUUUGCCCCAUGCCCUGUCUUGAUUCCUGUGAGUAAGAGCCGGGUUAUAAAAAGGCAAUUGAGAUGA